GACUGUUAGAGCCGACGGCUGGCGGUGGGAGAUUUCACGUCACCUAGCGCUCGGUUUGGCUUGCCUUGCCUUGCCUUGCCAGGCUGGGCUUCUCCUGAGUCCAGUCCGCCGCGGAACGAACAUGCUGUGGAAACUAGCCGAUAACGUCAAGUAUGAAGAGGACUGCGAGGACCAACACGACGGGAGCAGUACCGGCACGCCCCGACUGCCACAGCUCGGGGCAGUCACCCAGCACCUGUACUCCUCAGCGCCUCCCCUGUCUCACACCCCCAGCUCCGACUUCCAGCCGCCCUACUUCCCCCCUCCGUAUCAGCCCCUAACCUACACCCAGUCCUCGGAGCACUACUCUCACCUGAGCGACCCCUACUCCCUCAAUGUGCUGCACCACCAUCACCACCAGCAGCAGCAGCCGCCGUCGCAGUCGGGUUGGCCGGGCCGCCAGGGUCAGGAGACGGCGCUUGCUCAUCACCAGCGGGUAGGGGCGGCCGCGCAGCUCUCGGCACUGGAGCCCAGGAGGGAGAUCCGCCGCCCAGACAUCCACAUCCCGGGUAAUCAUCAUCUGGACUCUGCGCUGGCUGAAAACAUCAACAUGCAGGAGGUCGUUCACACUAUGGAGGAAGUACCGCACGCUGAGGACUCCAGCAUACUCGUACAGGACCACGGAGUAAUCAGAAAAGGACCGGUGACGAUACCCAGGGGCAUGGCACUUGCGGCACUCUCAUAUCAGAAGGACGGUCUGAUCGGUGGCGUCACAAACCUCAACGAGGUGUUUUGCUCAGUCCCCGGCCGGCUCUCCCUCCUCAGCUCCACGUCGAAGUACAAGGUGACGGUGGCCGAGGUCCAGAGACGCCUCGCCCCACCCGAGUGUCUCAACGCCUCCCUUCUCGGGGGUGUUCUGCGAAGAGCGAAGUCAAAAAAUGGAGGAAGGUCGUUACGGGAAAGGCUUGACAAGAUUGGUUUAAACCUUCCUGCUGGGAGACGAAAAGCAGCCAAUGUGACCCUACUGACUUCUCUUGUGGAAGGGGAAGCUGUGCACCUCGCCCGUGAUUUUGGUUACGUCUGUGAGACCGAGUUCCCCGCGAAAGCAGCGGCAGAGUACCUGACCCGACAACACAUAGACCGGAAUGAAAUCGCCAGCCGGAAAAGCAUGCUCCUUGCGGCCAAGCAAAUCUUUAAAGAGUUCAUGGACAUGUUGACUCAGGAUCGGUCGCCCCUGGGAAAUGCCCGGCCCAGUCCAAUCCUGGAUCCUGAAAUCCAGAGCUGCCUGACCCACUUCAGCCUCAUCACGCAUGGCUUCGGGAGCCCUGCCAUAUGCGCUGCCAUGUCCUCGCUGCAGAAUUACCUGAACGAAGCGGUGAAGGCCUUGGACAAAGUGUAUAUGGCCAACAGUGGCCAGAACUCCCAGGACAACAACCCAAAUAAAACUGUGGACAAAGAUGAAAAGCACAGGAAAUGAGCUACUGGCCCUGAAUCCAUGGACUUUUAACCCUCCUCUCCCCUUCUUUGUCUCUGGGACAACCUGAACUUCCUCAAACCAGCAACAGCAAUGGCACCCAAUAGCCAAAGGGCUGGACUAAACUCCUGCUAAUUUUGAUUUGCAGGGCUGCAGAUAUGCACUAUGCCUCCACGAUCAACCAUUUUAUUCAUGCUCCAGGUAUCAAAUCCGUUUGGCACCUCCAACAUCAUGUGACUCUGGGCAGGAGGUCACUUUUGCUGGGGUAACUGUCAAUGAAACAGCCAUGCUUCCAUUGCCAGAAGUUUAUUGAAGGCCUCAGCCCUAAGGUAUAUUCUACUUGAGCACCUCUCCCAAAGCAGGGUCAGUUGCAUUGUACCCCUAAGCACUGACUCCAAGCUUCUUCCCCAACUGUGAUUCCAGCUUUGUUGUAUGUGUUGGUGAAUCUGCAGGGGGAGAAGAGGAGAAGCUACUGCCCUAUGAUGAAGCCAUAAGUUUAGUUUUUAGGGCCCUUUUACUUGCACUGUACCUGGCAAAGCUGUCUCCCAGUAACUUUGCUGACUUUUCCCAGAUAGUAAUAAGCAGAGCGACUCCCAGCUUCGCUAACAUCAGGGACAAUGAGACGGAGCCCUCGAGGAAGAUGGGAAGACACGCCUAAAUGGUGUCACAUUGUUGGAAGAGGGCAUGUAGUCACAGGAUCUUGCUGUGAUGCCUGUGGUUAGAAGCUGUCCUGUCUGUCUUUCUGGGUCUAAAGCCCAGAAAGCUGACAUGAACAGUUUGCUGGACAUUAGUAUCUUAGGCUGGGCCACAUGUUUAUUUGCUAACACACAGGGGCUCCCCAACAUGCUUUACUUAAGAUAUAGGUUGUGUUCAAAAACACCUGGAGGAAAGCAGAAUGAUGUUUCAUGCUCUCCAUUUACUGCUAGUUGACUUUUGGUACCCUGAGCACUGGAGACCAAGCAGAUUGAACUUUUUUGAGCAGUUCGAUGCCAGCUCCUAUUAUAGACCGAAUCCGCAGCCCAUUCAGGUCAGGAAGGAGGGUUUUCUAGUCUUCAGUACUUUCUUGGAUCUCUUCUCAUUGCACCCCACUGGGUUUAAUCAGUCCCUUUGGACAGCUUACUUGGUGGGCUUUAGUCAGGGACUUGCAAUUUAACUGUGCUCUGAGCACAUUUCCAAUGCCCAUCAUUUGGGUGCUGUGUAAAUGUGAACUCUCUUCACUUCCAUCCAGUUACAAAGUCAUUCUCAGUUGGACUCCUUUUGGAGCAGACCAAAUCCAUUCCUUACAACAAAAUUUAAUGGUCUGUUUUGAAAGCUCUGCCAAGGCCAAGGUGGGAAGUGUACAUGUAUCGGCAGGGUAGCUCAGUGUGCAAUGCUGUGCCAGCGACUCUGUUAAUAACACAGCUUAAGUUCCAUUGCUCACAUUGUAAGGUAGGUUCAAUCUUUUUAAUUGACUCUUGUUCCACAGGUGGAGCAGGCUUGGAAUUAUUUUAAAACAAAGUCAGCAUGUUUGAGCAAGAAAAUACAGAUGAAAUUAUUGAGAAGUACUUGAGAGGGGUGUUAACCUACUUACAUAAACUGGUUAGGGCAGUCUGGCUAAUAUAUCUAGCUGAGGAAUACAAUACAAUCAUGUACAAGUAUAUUUUCCUGCAGUUUUAUAAUGUGAGUAACUAAUUUUCAUAGUAAUUUCUGAGUCUGCCACUAAAUCUUAAAUUUCGGCUAUUAAACCUGAUCUCGCAGAGCUGAGAGAACAGCUACACAGCUCACUGCUGCUGCUAACACAGUCUGGAAGGAGAUGGUAGCCAAAUGCCCUCCUGCUUGCUGCUUGUGUGAAAAGGAGAUGUUGAACUGGGACUGGAUUGAAGCUUUGUCUAAAAUUCCUGUUUUGAUGGAGCUGACUUUAAAGGGAUUAACACCUCUGAGCCAAAGACCAAGCAUCUGAAAGUAUCUCAGGAAGAGCCUCUCCAGUUUGGUUUUAAUUCUGGCUAACAAUGAUCUUCCAGGCUUAUAAUGACCAUUGCAAUGGCGAUGCCCACAGUCCAGGCUUGUGGUUCUCAAAAGCAAGUCAGAUGCACCUGUCUCUACGCUGAUCAAAGUGCUGACUGACCUGUGACAAUUCUGACAAGUCUGCAGGUGGAAGUCUGCUCAACUCUGCUACUGACCUUGCCGGAUGAUCUUGCGUGCCCUCUGGAUUGUCAGCUAAACAUUUGUUGUCUGGAGGCCAAACUCUGCCCAGUUACAAACCUACUUGAAAAUUGGGUAUCGACACACUCGUAUUUUAAGAGAGUCUUUAAUCAGUCUUUGGGAGAGUUUCCUUUACAGGGUAAAAAGGGAACAGUGUUUUGAAUGUACAUAUUUAUUUAUGUGUAAUUUAAUGGGUAAUGUAAAUAUGGUGCAACUUUGAAACCUUUUUUAAGAAAAGCUCGUUUACCUCUUGUAAAUAGGGUUUAGUCUUCCCAUUUUCCUGUUAUUAUGGAGAAGUGUUUCCCUGGUAAUGGGUAAGCUAGGAUAUAACUCCUUUCGUGUUCCUGCACAGUUACAAGAAGAAACACAAAACAGGGUAUUAAUGUCUGCUUGAAUGUGUGUUCUUCCUCAAAACUCACCUGACUCUUCUGGCGGUUGGGAGGGGUGGGGGGUUGUGGAGAAAGCAAUAAUUAUUCUUGGUGUGAGUUGUAAGGUACUUUCUGUAAAUCCAGUGGGUCAGUUUUCUUAAAACUUUUGUCAGUGAAUUUUAAACGGAUGGAUGUCUAGAUGCAGCUUCUGAAGUGUGGAUUUGGUGUCUC